UUGUCACUCCGCUAGUCAGCCGCCGCUCGCCGCCGAGGUCAGGAUGGCCGGUUUGAAGAAGCCCGAGCUCUUUUUCCCGGGUGCAAAUUGACUCGCACCCAUGUGCGCAAACCGGGACUUAAUUGACUGAAACUGCGUUUUUUUUGCGGGGGGGGGAGGACUGAUGAACUCUAUGAGGGAUCCAUUAAACCCAAACCCCCACUUGCACCAUCAUCAUCAUCAUCAUCCACAGCCGCAGACGCACACGCACACCGGGACAAAAGUCGCCUCCGCGCCGGCCAUGGCGUCCGGUUUGCAGCCGCUGGCGCGCGCGGUGGAGUCCGGCAAGCACCGCAUGGAGGUGCACACAGUCUCGGACACUUCUAGUCCAGAAACUGUGGAGAAAGAAAAGACCCAAAACAAGAACGACGACUCGUCGGACGACCCGUCCAAGAAGAAGCGUCAGCGGCGCCAGAGGACGCACUUCACCAGCCAGCAGCUGCAGGAGCUGGAGGCCACCUUCCAGAGGAACCGCUACCCGGACAUGAGCACCCGGGAGGAGAUAGCCGUGUGGACCAACCUCACCGAGGCUCGGGUUCGAGUGUGGUUCAAGAACCGGCGCGCCAAGUGGAGGAAGCGGGAGAGGAACCAGCAGGCCGAGCUGUGCAAGAACGGCUUCGGGCCGCAGUUCAACGGACUCAUGCAGCCCUACGACGACAUGUACCCGGGCUACACCUACAACAACUGGGCCGCCAAGGGGCUGACGUCGGCCUCGCUGUCCACCAAGAGCUUCCCCUUCUUCAACUCCAUGAACGUCAACCCGCUGUCGUCGCAGGCCAUGUUCUCGCCGCCCAACUCCAUCUCGUCCAUGACGUCCGGCAUGGUGCCGACGGGCGUGCCGAGCUCCAGCCUCAACGGCCUCAACAACUUGAACAACCUCAGCAACCAGGCGCUCAACUCCGGGGUGCCCACGCCGACGUGCCCCUACGCGCCGCCCACGCCGCCCUACGUGUACCGGGACACUUGCAACUCCAGCCUGGCCAGCCUGAGACUGAAGGCCAAGCAGCACUCGAGCUUUGGAUACGCCAGCGUGCAGAACCCGGCCACGAACCUGAGUGCGUGUCAGUACGCCGUGGACAGGCCGGUGUGAGGGCGUCCACGCCCGCAGUCCAGAGUACGACCCCUGCGCGCAGCAUGGCCGGCGGAUCAGUUCGGCGUCAUUUGGGUUUGACUUUUUUUUUUUUUUUUUUUUUUUUUUUUUUUUUUUUUUUGGAAGGGAAUGAACAUUAUUGUGACUCUUCCCUCCCACGCAGCGCACAACCUAAUCCAUUCAUUCUAUUCUGAGUGAUCCGAUGGCUUCGUAUGGGGGGUUUUAUUUUGAAGUCGGCCACAGGAACAAGAGACUACUAUAUUAUUAUUUACUUUUUUUUUUUUUUUUUUUUUUUUUUUUUUUCAAAAAGGGCACUAAAAACUGAACCACUGAAAAUAACAUUUUAAGUUUUAUUACAGGAUUUAUUUUUAUUUUUUAUUUUUUGUCACCAUGAGGAUUUUAGUAUGGAAGCCUGUUUCCGCCGCUAAAUUUAAAAAAAAUACCCCAAUGGUAAUAAUUAUGUCAUAUAAAAAAAUCAAAAUUAUGCAAUAAAAAGUCAUAAUUUUGAAAUAGUCAAAAUGAUGAGAUUAAAAGGUCGAAAUUCUGAGAUUAAAAAAGUCAUAAAUUUGAAAUAAAAGUAGUAAUUAUAUGGAAAAAGUAAAAAUGAUGAGAUAAAAAGUAAAAAUUAUGAGAUAAAAGUAAUAAUUAUGAGAUUAAGUCAAAAUUAUGAUAUAACAAGUAACAAUUAUGAGAUAAAAUGUCAAAAAAUAUGAUAGAAAAGUCAUAAUUAUGAUAUAAAAGUCAAAAUUAGGAGACAAAAGUAACAAUUAUGAGAUUAAGUGAAAAUUAUGAGAUAACAAGCAAUUAUGAGAUAAAAAUGUCAAAAAUUAUCAGAUAAAAAGUCAUAAUUAUCAUAUAAAAAUCAAAAUUAUGAGCUAAAAGAUUUAAAUAAUAAGAUAAAUGUAACAAUUAUGAGAUAAAGUCCAAAUUAUGAGAUAACAAGUAACAAUUAUGGGAUAAAAUUGUCAAAAAUGAUGAGAUAAAAAGUCAUAAUUAUGACAUAAAAGUCAAAAUUAUGACAUACAAGGUCAAAAUAAUGAGAUAAAAGUAACAAUUAUGAGAUUAAGUCAAAAUUAUGAGAUAAAAAGUAACAAUUAUGAGAUAAAACGUCAAAACGUAUAAGUCAUAAUUAUGAUAUACAAAUCAAAAUUAUGUGAUAAAAGAUCAAAAUAAUGAGGUAAAUGUAACAAUUAUGAGAUGAAGUCCAAAUUAACAGUUAUGGGAUAACAUUGUCAAAAAUUAUGAGAUAACAAGUCAUAAUCAUAAUAUACAAGUCAACAUUAUGAGAUAAAAGGUCAAAAUAAUGAGUAUAAAGUCACAAUUAUAAGAUAAAAUGUCAUUAUCAUGAGAUAAAGUCACAAUUGUGAGAUAAAAAGUCGUAAUUAUGAUAUAAAAAUCACAAUUAUGAGAUAAAGUCGAAAUUAUUAGAUAAAAAGUAACAAUUAUGAGGUAAAAAUGUAAAAAAUUAUCAGAUAAAAAGUCAUAAUUAUGAUAUAAAAAUCUAAAUUAUGAGAUAAAGUGUCAAAAACAAUGAGAUAAAGUCACAAUUAUAAGAUAAAAACUCAUCAUUAUGAUAUAAAAAGUUGAAAUUAUGAGAUGAAAAGUCAAAAUUAUGAGAUAAAAGUCGAAAUUAUGAAAUACAAAAAUCGAAAUAAUGAAAUAAGAGUAAAAAAUAUGCGAUAUUAAGUCAUAAUGAUGACCAAAAAGUCUUAAUUAUAAGAAAUAUGAGUUAGAAAAUCCAAAUUAUGAGGAAAAAAAAUCAGCAUCGCACAAUGAGGAGUGAAAAAGCUGGAAACUCAGCAGCAGUUUGUUUCGCACCAUUUGGACUUUUUAUAUCACAAAUAGGACUUUUUAAACUCAUAAUCAUACACCUUUACUCUUUCCAUAAUUCGGACUAUCUCAUAAUGUUGACUUUUUAUCCCACAACUUUGACUUUUUAAUCUCCCAAUUCUGAUUUACCAUUGUAGUAUUU